AUGGCUACUCAUUCUCAGUGUUUUUGGGGCCUAUACCUUGCCCUUUCACUUUAUUUUAUUCACUCAAGUUCCACACCUCAUGUGUAUAUAGUUUAUUUGGGGCACAGCCUUAAUGUUCACGAUCCUCAUCUCGCUUCCAAACAUCAUCUUCAACUCCUUUCCAAAGUUUUUGCAAGUGAAGAAGAUGUUAGGCAAUCCAUGCUUUAUAGCUACAAGCACAGUUUCUCAGGGUUUUCAGCAAAGCUCAAUUCAUCUCAAGCAACCACCUUGGCUAAGAUGGAAGAAGUGAUUUCAGUUUUUAGAAGCAAGACACUGAGGUUGCACACAACAAGAAGUUGGGACUUCUUGGGCCUUACCUUAAGCAGCAGUAGCAGUACUAGUACUGCAGGGACUCCACUGCAACUAGCCUAUGGUGAAGACAUCAUUGUUGGGAUAUUUGACACAGGUAUAUGGCCUGAAUCAGAUAGCUUCCGAGAAGAGCCCCGGAUGAGGCCUAUCCCCUCAACUUGGAAGGGAAGGUGUGUUAAAGGAGAAAUGUUUGAGCCAGCAAAAGCAUGCAACAGGAAGCUAAUUGGUGCUCGUUACUACCUCAGAGGUUUUGAAGAAGAAUACGGGCCACUAAACACGAGUGGCAAUCCAGAAUAUCGAUCGGCUAGAGAUUUUCUAGGUCAUGGAACACACACAGCCUCAACAGCAGUGGGUUCAAUAGUGAAAAACAAUGCAAGUUUCUUUGGUUUGGGGCAGGGAACUGCCAGGGGAGGAGCACCGAGGGCUCGUCUAGCAGUGUACAAAGUUUGUUGGGGAAAGGAUUAUGAUGGGAAGUGCUCUGAAGCAGACAUCCUUGCAGGUUUUGAUGAUGCUUUGCAUGAUAGAGUUCAUGUAAUCUCCGCAUCGUUUGGAUCAAAACUGCCAUUGUUACCGCUGUUUGUAUCGGAAGCUGCAAUUGGUUCAUUCCAUGCAAUGCAAUUAGGUGUUACUGUGGUGUUCUCUGCAGGUAAUGAAGGGCCAGAUCCAUCACAGGUCACAAAUGUUGCUCCAUGGGGAAUUUGUGUAGCUGCUUCCUCUGUUGAUAGAAUGUUUCCAACCCGGAUAACCUUGGAUAAUAAGCUCUCUGUCAUGGGAGAAAGCUUUAUCAUCACACCUAUUAAGGCAAAAUUGGCAGAUGCGACCACAUAUUUUGUUAGUGGGGUUUGCAGGCCAGAAAAGGGCCGACUUGACAAUCUUCCAAGCCCACUUAAUCGGUUCACGCAAAAAGGAAACAAAAAUAGGACUCCUUAA